AUGUCGCACUACGGUGGUCCUCCUCAAAACCAAUACGGCGGCGGUGCUGGUUACUAUGAUCAGCAGGGUCAGCAACAUUACCCCCCUCAGGGCCAUUACCCAGAGGGCCAGCAAGGUUACGGCCAGCCCCAAUAUGGCCAACAGCCUGGAGCUUAUGGUCAACAGGGCGGCCAAGGAUACCAGGCAUAUGACCCGCAGUAUCAGCAGCAGGGCCAAUACGAACAGCAAGGUGGUCCAGGAUAUGGACAGCCGCCGCAGGACCGCGGCCACUCGCCCUACCCUCCCCAGCAACAGCAGUACCCACAAGGUGGCGAAAGUUCGUCAUACUACGGUGGCGCGGCUCCAGGACAGCACCAGCAAGGACAGCCCGGCGCUGUAGGACCGGAGGGUGACAAGGGUCUUGGGUCGACACUGCUUGGUGGUGCGGCUGGUGGGUUCAUGGGCAAUAAGCUCCACCAUGGCUUCCUCGGUACUGCGGGCGGUGCCGUCUUGGGUGCCGUCGGUGCGAAUAUGGUAUCCGAUAAGAUUGGCAAGGAACACAAGAAGCACAAGAAAGAUAAGAAGCAUAAGAAGGACAAGAAGGACAAGAAGGACAAGAAGCACAAGCGCAAGGGAUCUAGCUCCAGCUCCAGCUCUAGCUCCAGCUCUGACAGCGACUAA